GCAAUCGUCGCAAAUUCAAAUCGCCGUCAACUCGCUUCGCUCUUCGCUCCAAAAACCGCCGCCGCCAGUUUUGUAAACAACACAGCAAUCCGCAACAAGCUUUUUUCCCAUAAUCCGUUACAGUUCCGUAAUCGUCGUCGUCGUCGUCGCGUUCGCCGUCGGUCGGGUCGCGUGUUCCGGUUGUAUUGUUUUCGGGGUUACUUUUGAUUUCAGGCUUUGGGGUUGACAUGAGCAAAAACAAACGCCGCUCGGGAGGCGGCCAAGCUGCGGCGGCGGAAUCCGCCCAGCAACAGCAGCAACCUCCCCCGGAGGCCAUGGAGGUGGACGCGGACGACGCCAAUUUGUCCGAGGAUGAGGAGGGGGGAACUCGCGUCGGAGGGAUCUACAUUCCGCCACCGGUGCCGCCGUACUGUUCGACGGAGUGCAAGGGACCGCGGUUGAUUAUUACAAACAUAUCGAAUUAUAACUUUAAGAGUUAUGCGGGGCACGUGAUGUUGGGGCCGUUUCACCAGCGCUUCUCUGCGAUUAUCGGUCCGAACGGGAGUGGCAAGAGUAAUGUGAUCGAUUCCAUGUUGUUUGUGUUUGGGUAUCGGGCGCAGAAGAUUCGGAGUAAGAAGCUGUCGGUGCUGUUGCACAGUUCGUCGAAGCAUCCAAACACGCAGAGCUGCACCGUUGGGGUUCACUUUCAGCAGAUUCUUGACCGGGAGGAUGGUUCUUUUGAGGUGGUUCCGAACACGGAGUUUGUCGUGGCGAGGACUGCGUCGCGGGACAAUUCGUCGUACUAUACGAUUGAUAAUCGGAAGGUGCACUUUAAGGAGGUGUCGAAGUUGCUGAAGCAGCACGGCAUCGAUUUGGACCACAAUCGGUUCCUGAUUCUGCAGGGCGAGGUCGAGUCGAUUUCGAUGAUGAAGCCGAAGGCGCUCACGGAGAACGAUUGCGGGUUGUUGGAGUAUUUAGAGGACAUUGUGGGAACGACGCGGUACAAGCAACCGUUGGUGAAGAUCAACGAGCGCGUCGAGGCGCUGAACGAGGAACGAACCGAGAAGCACAACCGGUGCAAACUGGCCGAGCGCGAGAUGAAAGACCUGGAAAAGCCGAUGAACGAAGCCGUUGAGUACUUGAAGCUGGAGAAUUCCCUCACUCGCACCCGGAACCAGCAAAUCCAAAAGUAUCUCAGCGAGCAAAAGAAGAAGAUCGUCGAGCUGGACCAGGAACGGGACCAGGCCGCGGCGAUCCUCACCAAACACGACGAAACUUUUGAAGCGCUCAAAAAGGAACGCAUCGAGAAGGAAAAUCUCGUCAAAGAGGAAAUCAAGCAGUACGACUCGCUGGUCAAAGCGAAGGAAGACAAAGAGGCCGCCCUCAAGUCCUCCCUGGACAAAUACACCAAGGUCCAAGCCAACAUGAAGGCCACCAACGAGCGGCGCAAAAAGACCAUGACCCAAAUCGAAACCGAGAAAAAGAAACUCCACGAACUCCAAGCCGUCCCCGAAAAGAACGCCAAGGAAAUAACCGAAUCGGAAAAGAAAAUCGAAUCUCUCACCCGGCAAAAGACCGACCUUGAAACAACCCUCGCCGAGAAUCUCACCACCCUCAAGGACGAAACCCAGCCCCUGCUCGAGCAAAAAGAGCAACUCCAAACCGAACUGAUCGACCUGAAAAAAGCCGUCGACGACUCCAAAUCCGCUCUCGCCCUCGCCGAAUCCGAGCUCAAAAUCUGUCAACACAACGAAACCACCGAAAAGCGCAAGCUCGAAACCCUCAAAUACUCCUACGAAGAGUCCGCAAAAUCCCACCAGGAAAAGCAAACCCGCCUCCAAGAACUCGAACAAUCCUUCCCCCAACUCCAGCAAGACUUCACCGCCGCCCAAAACAAACUCAAAGAAAACGUCACCGAAGAAAAGGACCUCCGCAACCAACUCCGCACCAUCCAAGGCAAGCUCCAAGAGUCGAUGCAAUCGAUGCAGGCCACCCGCUCCCAAGGCAAAGUCCUGGACGCCCUGAUGCGACAGAAGAACGAAGGCAGAAUCCCCGGAAUCCUGGGUCGGUUGGGAAAUCUCGGUGGAAUCGACUCGCAGUACGAUGUGGCCAUCUCGACCUGCUGUGGCCACCUGGACUUUAUCGUCGUGGAGACGGUGAACGAUGCGCAGGCUUGCAUUGACUUUUUGAAGAAGCACGACAUUGGGCGGGCGUCGUUUGUCGCGCUGGAGAAGAUUCAGCAGUAUCAGCAGUAUUGUCACAACCGGAUACAGACCCCCGAAAACGUGCCCCGUCUGUUCGACCUGGUCCGCGUCGAGGACGAACGCGUCCUGCCGGCGUUCUACUUCGCCCUGCGGGACACCCUCGUCGCCGAGAACCUGGACCAGGGCCAGCGCAUUGCGUACGGCGCCCGGCGGUACCGCGUGGUCACCCUGAACGGGGACGUCAUCGAAACGAGCGGAACCAUGUCCGGCGGUGGCCGGUCGCAGCAACGGGGCCGCAUGGGAACCAAGGUCCAAACGAAGACGUCGGCGUCGGACACUCCGAGCAAGUCGAACCGGGAGGUCGAGCAGCUGCAGGUGAAGGCGCAGGAGAUUCAGUCGCAGAUCAACUACCUGCAAGAGCAGCAGGGCGAGCUGGAGCAGGAGAUUCAGCGGUUGUCGAUGCAGCUGAAGCAGCAGCAGAACGAAAUUAAACGGUUGAAGAUGGACGUGAACAGCUUGUCGGAGCAGCUGCCCCGGCUGAAGGACCAGGUGGACUGGCAGGAGGAAAAAGUUGGCCAGACGCAUUCGGAUCCGGAGAAGGUGCGCGCGCUGGAGGCCAAGGUGCAGGAGUGCAAGGAAGAGCACAAAACGUCGAGCGACGCGGCCAACGAGAUCCAGAAGAAGGUGGAUCAAAUCACCGCCCAAAUCAACGACAUCACCAACAGCAAGGUGAAGAAUCUGCAGACGAAGAUCUCCAGUCUGACGAAGCAAAUCGACAAACUUACGACGAACAUCUCCAAACUGACGGUGGAGAUCAAAACGUCGGAACGGAACGUGAAGAAAGCCGAGGACAAAAUCAAGAGCAUGGAGGAAGAGGUGGUGGCCGCGCAGGAAGCGAUCCGGGCCGGCAACGACGAGCGGGAAAAGCUGGACGAGGAAGCGAGCGCGCUGAAGACGGAAAUUGACGAGCUGAAGGUUGAGAUCGAAAAGGCGCACGAGGGUUCGUCCGGGAUCAAGAAGGAGAUUGUGGCGAUCCAAAAGAAGGAAGCGGAGGGCAAAAUGAAGCGGCUGGAGUUUGAGCAGAUUGUGCAGGCGAUCGAGAAGAAGCUGGGCGAGGUGAAGGACACGAUACCGCACUGGAGGAAUAAGCUGAAACCCCUCAAACUGCACGAAAUCCCGGGCGAAACCGCUCCGGAACCCCUCAAAGAGUACACCGAGGAGGAGCUGGAAGGCUACAAGCUGGCCGACCUGCAGUACCAGAUCUCAAUCCAGGAGGAAAAACUAAACGCCAGCAAGCCGAACCUGUCCGUGAUCGAGGAGUUCCUCAAGAAGCAGGAAGCGUACCUGCAGCGGGUGGCCAUCCUGGAGGAGAUCACAGCCAAGCGUAACGAAAUGCGCCAGCUGUACGACGACGUGCGGAAGAAGCGCUUCACCGAGUUUAUGCAGGGAUUUCACAUCAUUACGAAAAAGCUGAAGGAAAUGUACCAGAUGAUCACGCUGGGCGGUGACGCCGAGCUGGAGCUGGUCGACUCGAUGGAUCCGUUCAACGAGGGCAUCGUGUUUAGCGUGCGACCGCCGAAGAAGUCGUGGAAGAUGAUCUCGAACCUUUCGGGCGGGGAGAAGACGCUUUCGUCGUUGGCGCUGGUGUUUGCGCUGCACUACUACAAGCCGUCGCCGCUGUACGUGAUGGACGAGAUUGACGCGGCGCUGGACUUUAAGAAUGUGUCGAUUGUGGCGCAUUACAUUAAGGAACGCACGAAAAACGCCCAGUUCAUCAUCAUCUCGCUGCGGUCGAACAUGUUCGAGCUGUCCGACUACCUGGUCGGCAUCUACAAGGUGACGGACUGCACCAACUCCGUAACGAUCAAGAACGAUCCGCCCAAGUUCCAUCAGAUGUCCUCGCAAACGCAGCAGUCCUUUUCGUACAAUCCCAAUCUCAGCCUGCAGUCCGACUCGGGGCUGCUGGAGCAAACCAAGGACGAGAUCAAAGACGAAGACGAAGGACCCACAAAGGAGAAAGAAGUGGACGAGAGUGACGGAGGUGGCGGUGGCGGCGGCGGUGGAGGGACCAGCAGUUCGGUUGCGCUCGACCAAUCGUCGAUCGUUUCGCCCCAACCGAUGGACGUUUCCAGCUGAGGCGCGCGGGUUAAGUUAUUGUAAUUUGAUUAAUCUAUAUAUUUUGUGUGUAACAUUUACUUAUUUCCCAACUGACUACGCAGUUCUGUUACGUAUCGUAAGGCCCCAGUUUUUGUAAGGACAAAUACAUUUUACGACCGGUACAGUACAAAAUAAAAAAAAA